UGCACUAAUUAGUUGAAGAUUUGCCUUCUUCAGAUCGAUUGAAUAUCGUAUCAGGAGCAGCCCUUCAAAUGCAACGAGAGUUGUUGUGGUUUCAAGAGAUAGAAAAGAUCGUGCCGAAGUCAUCUGUGAAUGGGCCGAUUGGACCAGAAGAAAAACCACCUAGGGAUAUAUUUGUGAAGACCCAUGAAGAACUACAGAAGAAUGGUGAACAGUGGAUGAGGAACACGGCAAACUCUUGCAUGCUCGUGGCAGCAUUGAUUGCCACUGUGGUUUUUCCAGCUGCCUUCACAGUACCGGGUGGCAACAAUCAAGAAACAGGCAUUCCUAUAUUUUUGGAAACCAGCUGGUUUACGGUAUUCUUCGUAUCAAAUGCAGUAGCAAUGUUAUUCUCUUCAUCCUCAAUAUUAGUUUUCUUGUCAAUUCUCACGUCACGCUACACGGAAAAGGAUUUCCUCAUAUCAUUACCUCUUAGAUUGGCAUUGGGACUCACUACGCUUGUAAUCUCAAUAGUAGGCAUGCUGAUAGCCUUCAUUGCGGCAUGCUUUUUGGUCUUUAAAAGCGAAAACAGUGUUUCGAUCCGUAUAAUAAUUGUUGCGGUGCCCGCUGUCCCAAUUAGUUUGUUUGGUAUCCUACAUUAUCGCCUUUGGUUUGAUAUAGUCCACUCAGGAUUCUGUUCUAAGAGGUUCCUUUUCGGGACACAGAAUAGGCUUUUCAUUCCAAGUCAGCAACGCUUGCACGCUAUGGAGACUAAGAAUGACAACCAAACUGGACAUAAUGACAGAAACCAGGUUCGGUUUACCAGUACUACAACCAGUCAUCCAAUUCCUCUGGGUGGAAUUCGACCAAAUUAUGAACAAGGCUCUUCAGUGUGAUCUUCAUUCAUUAGCUAGGAAUAAUUUUGGUUUUUUUAAAACUCAUGGGUACUAGGCUGCUGCUAAAGAUGCUACU